ACCAUUCCCGGCGGGCGCCGCGCUACAGAUUACCCAAUUAGCUUUAAGGAGGAAGCAUCGCGAGUCUUCGGUGAGACGUGGCUCUAUAAGCCCAUGGGAACGGGUCUCGGAAACCCUUUUCACGAAGAUGGCGCCGAAAGCGAAGAAGGAAGCCCCUGCCCCUCCCAAAGCCGAAGCCAAAGCGAAGGCUUUGAAGGCAAAGAAAGCAGUCCUAAAAGGCGUCCACAGCCACAAAAAAAAGAAGAUCCGGACGUCACCCACCUUCCGAAGGCCCAAGACACUGCGGCUCCGAAGGCAGCCUAAAUAUCCUCGGAAGAGCGCUCCCAGGAGAAACAAGCUUGACCACUAUGCCAUCAUCAAAUUCCCCCUAACUACCGAGUCAGCCAUGAAGAAGAUAGAAGACAACAAUACACUUGUGUUCAUUGUGGACGUCAAGGCCAACAAGCACCAGAUCAAACAGGCUGUGAAGAAGCUCUAUGACAUUGACGUGGCCAAGGUCAACACCCUGAUCAGGCCUGAUGGAGAGAAGAAGGCAUAUGUUCGACUGGCUCCUGACUACGAUGCUUUGGAUGUUGCCAACAAAAUUGGGAUCAUCUAAACUGAGUCCAGCUGGCAAAUUCUAAAUACAAACUUUUUCACUGUA